AUGGUUCAGAAUUUCGCUGUUUUCCUGAUUCUUUCUCUUUUUGGCGGCUCACUGGGAACAACCACCUCACCUCAGCAACAAACUGACGCCUCAAAAUUACAAGACUUAUGCCAGGUAAGAAAUGCAUAAAGAUGUAAAAAGGACUACUGCGCCCUAGAUUAGGUACACCCAGAAAGCGUUUUAUUACUCUCACGUCGUUAUGAUCAUUUAUUAAAAAGUACCCGUUAAAAGUUUAUGGCAGUUUAUUUAAAAGUCCUCGCUUCAGCAUGAUCUUUCCUCGAAAACCUGAAGCCUGUCCAUUGUUAAUUGUUAAUUUUUCUGAUUCCAUCCACCAUUCGAGACGAAAUAACGAUUUAAGAGGAUUAUGAUAUUCAAGGUUCAUUCCGUGCCUUGAAAACAAGGGAGACGGCUGGCGGGUAUAGACUUCGUCCAUUUUGGUUCGGAAUCAUUGUUUGCGUGAGAGCCACAGGCGUGUAUGAACGUAUUUAUCGUUUCAAUUCCAAAUGAGAAGGAAAUAUAAAUAAUUACGCGAAUUAUUUUUCGUUGCUGUUCUAAAUUAAUCUAAGUAAUUAUGACAUGCAUAAUUUCUUCGAGACAAGGUCUGAAAACUGGUAUGGAUUUUAGAGGCCAAGUCUGAAAACGGGUUUAAAAAUGACGUGAUUUGGUCUGAAAUAGAGUCAGGAUUUGGAGAACCGGGUGGCACACCACCACCGCCAAGAAUUCCUACGAGUAUCCCCCGCCUCGAGUUAUCCAAGAUCCCGUUUCGUCUUCGUCUCUGCUAAGUGCAGGUCAUCUUUUUUCAACUUCAGCGAUCUACGCUGGGUUUCCCUGGUAUUCCUGGACCAAAUGGUAUACCGGGAGUGCCGGGAGUGCCGGGCGUCCCGGGGCCACACGGACCCCAGGGAAGAGAAGGUGUAAAAGGACAAAUUGGUGAUAAAGGAUCAAAUGGAAUGCCGGGUCCAAGAGGAGACAGAGGGCGCGAAGGACCCCCUGGGAAGAGUGGACCACGAGGAAUUCAGGGAAUGAAAGGAGAGCGCGGAGCUGUGGGAAUUAAAGGAGAGCGAGGAAUUGUGGGAAAUCAAGGAAGAAAAGGAGAGAAAGGAGAAAGUGCCAAAGCAAGUCAAGCAAGUGUAGUACCACAAACCAACUGGAAACAAUGUGUGUGGAAGUCACAAACCAGUACUAGCAACGGAAAGAUAAAGGUAAUUAGAAUAAGAAUCAUUAAUCACACACUCCAAAAAUAAUUUAUUCCUUUCUAAAUCAAAAUAAUUCAAAGAAGAACGUCUCCCCUCUUACUUACCGUUUGCCAACACAUUACAUAAAGAACUAAGUUACAUCUCCCUCUACUUUGGUUCUUUUUGAAAGAAAGAAAGAAAGGAAGAAAGAAAGAAAGAAAGAAAGAAAGAAAGAAAUAAAGAAAGAAAAAACAUCGUGCGUGUUAAAAUGAUUCCUGGCCAUGUGGAUAAGGACAACAACAAUUGAAGUUAUUACAUAGUUUUAAAAAAAUUAGGAAGUAUUCUUGACUGGAGUAGUUAAUAUCAAUCAUUACACUUGGUUACUCGCCUUACUACAAUAUGUUUGAUUUGUUUGAUUUUAUUCCAGGACUGUGCGUUUAACAAACUGCAGUCUAAUUCAGCGCUCAGAGUCUCAUUCCAGGGAAACAUGAGGGUCCAGGGUAACUAUGAGUGCAAUCGCUGGUAUUUCAAGUUCAAUGGAAACGAUUGCAGUGGACCAAUGACGAUUGAGGCUGCUGUUUACAACUACUGGCCAUCUGGGAACCCUGAACUGCUGCAUCAUCGGUCAUUUGAGGGGUACUGUGAAAACCUUCCACAAGGCGCUGUUAGAGUGGAAUUAUGGGUAGGAAAGUGUAGUGGCUACACCUUGGGUAAUGCUGUCACCGGGUGGAAUUCAGUAUCCCGGAUAAUGAUUGAAGAAGUAUCUAGGCCCCAGUCCUAA